GUCCAUACUCCAUGUGUUCGACGGUACAAUGAUCACACCUAACCGAAUAUCCUCCCUUCGCAUCCGCCAUCAUCGCACCAUCCAUGCGCACAAACCCGCUCAGCUUCGUCAACUUCCUCGGCGGCUCCCCGCUCAACCGCCUCUCCUGGCUGCGCUCCUCCCCCGGCUUCGUCAACGCUGUCCUGCCCUCCCGCACGAGUCGCUGGAUCGUCUUCAACCAGGGCCAGCCGCUCAUCGCUUCCCACCCAGACACCAACAGGCGCUCGCUCGCGCUUCUGCCCACCGCGGACAUCCAGUCACUGCUCGGAGAGACACCGUACUUCGGGCAGGGCCAGCUCCCCGGUUCGAGCGCCGAACCUGAAGGCGAGGGAGGGAAAGUUCCAUCGGUGUUGGAGGCAGCUCGGCUGCGCGGACUACCGGUCGUCUUCCUGGGGCUGCUCGAGCCCAAGCACGGCGCGGUAGCGAGCGAGCAGGUCGCGAAGGAGGACGUGAAAGCGAGCGCAGAGCACGGCGAGCCCGCGCCCGCGCAGCGCAGCGCGCUUCCGACAUCCGACUUUACGGACCCCGAGCGCGCGAUCGCGCAGCUGGCGGACUGUACGCCCUACUUUACGCUCGAUGUCGCGGAUGCUGAGCCGGGCGUGCUGGAUGAGGUGCUCAAGAACUCGGCGCUCGCGAAGGAGGGCCACGCGCUGUCGUUCAUUGAACCGCGCGGGGCGAUGUCGAGUCUGGAUCCGUUCACGGCGGGUGUGUUUGCGGAGGCGCGGAGCAUGAUGGAUUGGAAUACGAGGAACAGGUUCUGCCCUGGAUGCGGGUCGGCGGUGCAUUCGCUGUGGGCGGGGUGGAAGCUCUCGUGCACUUCGUUACUUCCAUGGGCAGACAACACUGGGAAGAAGCCAUGUCCUUCCGGGAAAGGACUCCAUAACUUUGCUCACCCGCGUACCGACCCCGUCGUGAUCAUGCUGGCCGUCGACGAGACGGGAGAGAAGAUCCUCAUGGGGAGAAAUAAAAAGUUCCCUGGCAAGUUCUACUCCGCGCUCGCAGGAUUCAUCGAGCCCGGCGAAGCCUUCGAGGACGCCGUCAAGCGCGAGAUGUGGGAGGAGGCAGGCGUGCGCGUGUGGAAUGUGCGGUAUCACUCGGGCCAGCCAUGGCCCUACCCCGCCAACCUCAUGGUCGGCUUCUAUGCCACAGCUGACUCGGCGGCGCCCAUCCGGACAGACCUGGAUAAUGAACUCGAAGACGCGCGCUGGUUCACCCGCGAAGAGGUCCGCGCCGUCCUCGCCCACCCCAGCGGGACCAACUUCACCCGCAGGGACUACAAGCAGAUCGCGGACGAAGUGGACCCGCCCGUCAAAGACCAGCAGCAGAGCAAAGAAGCCGCUUCCGCUCACGCUAUCGCACCGAAGGACGAGGAGCCGCCCUUCCGGAUGCCGCCAAUGACGGCUAUCGCGGGCGUUUUGAUCAAGCACUGGGCGGAUGGGGGGUCGGUCGAUGGAGGGAGGGUCAGUGGGUACAGUACUAAAGGGAAUCUAUAGACUUGUACAUGUUCAGAGGGCGGUAGAUACCUAAGGUAGAUACCUGAACGAGCGACAUCUUCAUC